UGCGCUCGAUCUACGCUUUAACGUCGUCUAUUCAAAUCACGGGGAAGUCAAAUUCGACCGACAAGGAGAAAUCAUCGGCCGGCACCAUUGUUUUCACACUGCUUUUGCAAGAAAUCACACAUCACUCUGUCCACUUCAGGACCCGAACCGGAAGGAAGGUUUCGUCCAGCUGCAUCGAUGGUCGUGCGGAGACGAGAUCUGGGUCGACGUCCUCCGCAUUUCUAGGAGCGGGGACCACGGACGCCCUCAUUGGCCCAGCUCGGUCCUCGGGGAAGCUCCCGUUUCGCCCCCCCGGUGACGUCCGUAUCUGAGGAUCCGCCGGCGUAAAAACCAUCGGAGGCCGAGAGGCGAUAGAGGUGCUUAUAGCUGAGAAAAAUAUUUACAGCACUAGCAGAUGGCUUCAGGAAAUUGGUCUCUAUCCGAUGUGAGGAAAUCAUCAAAUCACUGUUCAAGGCUUGCUGUAGUUGUGUUUGUUGCUUUUAGUUUAUCUGCGAUUUGGAUAUUCCUUCCAUCUUCGACUACGUUCCCGGUUCAGAACCCUGACUUGCUACAUCAAGAGAAUAAUAAUUUGGGACAAAAAGUAACCGAUGGAAGCUCGGGAAAUUCUCAGAUUCAAAGCCAGGAUGUUGUAAACAAUGACGAAAGAUCAGUUGAAACAGAGUCGGGGAACACAGUUCAGCCAACCAAGGCUGAUUCUGCUAAUAGAGCGGGGACUAACCAGGAAGAGAAAAUACCAAAGGAGAGCUCUAAUAUGAAGACUUCCUCAGAAAACAAACCUGAAAAAUCUGACAUUGAGUCUAAAUUUGAGGAUGAAACGGAGGAUAUACAGAAAAGUAACCAUCACAAGGGCGUUGAGACUGGAGAGAAACCAAAUAUGGAAAUGAGAAAUACAGAUGGAGGUCAAAAUGGUGGAGAGCAAACUAUGGCCAGUGAAGGAUCUGAUUCUGAUGAAAAGUUGAAUAGCUCAAAAGGAAAUGAUUCUGACAUGGAUGAUAGCACCAAAAGACUGAAUGCUCAGGAUAGCUUAGAUGAGGUUAAGCAGGAAGAAAAAGAGGUCAAUCAGAAUAGUCAGAGGGUUUGGGAAGAUCAAGACAAGAAUAGUGAACCACAAGUUGCUGACAAUAACCUAGAAACUCAGGAAAUGCUUCAGGAGUCUAAUGAUCAUUCGGAUAGUUCGAAUGAGAUAACUGCUCAGCAAGAGUCAAUGUCUAAGGAACAGAAUGACUAUGUCUGGAGAGUUUGUAAUACCACGGCUGGGCCAGACUACAUUCCUUGCCUUGACAAUGUGUAUGCUGUCAGAAGGCUUCCUACUACAAUGCAUUAUGAACAUCGAGAGAGGCACUGCCCUGAUAAUCCUCCUGCCUGUCUUGUUCCUCUACCAGCAGGAUACAGAAAACCUAUUCAAUGGCCUAUUAGCAGGGAUAAGAUAUGGUUUUAUAAUGUGCCACAUACCGACCUUGCUAGGGUCAAGGGAGGUCAAAACUGGGUUAAAGUUGCUGGUGAAUAUCUCAUAUUCCCUGGAGGUGGUACCCAGUUUGUUCAUGGCGCUAUCCCCUAUAUUGAUCGGAUUGAAGCUGCAAAACCUGCUAUUGCAUGGGGGAAGAGAACCCGGGUGAUAUUAGAUGUUGGAUGUGGUGUUGGCAGUUUCGGAGGUUAUUUAUUUGAAAGGGAUGUUCUUACCAUGUCGUUUGCUCCCAAAGAUGAACAUGAAGCUCAAGUUCAGUUCGCACUUGAACGGGGUAUUCCAGCCAUGCUAGCAGUCAUGGGCACCAAAAGGCUACCAUUUCCUAGUGGUGUUUUUGAUGCUAUUCACUGUGCUCGCUGUAGAGUCCCUUGGCACAUUGAAGGGGGCAAACUUCUCUUGGAGCUUAACCGCCUCUUACGGCCAGGUGGUUACUUUGUUUGGUCUGCUACUCCAAUUUAUCGAAAGGGUCCAGAAGAUCUUGGCAUUUGGAAAGAAAUGUCCAAACUGACUACAGCUAUGUGCUGGAACUUCACGUUGAUUAAAAGGAAGGACAAAAUGAACAAAGUGUCCAUUGCACUGUACAGGAAACCGACAUCUAAUGAGUGCAUUGAAAGUAGAACCAAAAAUGAACCUCCACUCUGCAAUGGCUUGGACGAUGCAAACUCAGCUUGGAAUGUGACACUGCAAGCCUGCAUGCAUAAGGUGCCUACAGACAUGUCGGAACGUGGGUCUCAAUGGCCUGAGAACUGGCCGCAUCGUUUGGGAAAACCACCUUACUGGCUGAAUAAAGUCGCAGUAAAUGGCAAGGCGACCCAAGGAGAUUUUACUGCUGACUAUGAGCACUGGAAAAAUAUAAUCUCCCAAACAUAUUUAAAUGGGAUAGGUGUCAGCUGGUCUUCUAUUAGGAAUGUCAUGGACAUGAGAGCUGUCUAUGGAGGGUUUGCUGCUGCGCUUAAGGACUUAAAAGUGUGGGUAAUGAAUGUAGUCCCGAUCGACUCUCCUGACACACUUCCUAUAAUCUAUGAGCGUGGUUUAAUUGGAAUAUACCAUGAUUGGUGUGAAUCAUUCAACACUUACCCAAGAUCGUAUGAUCUCCUCCAUGCAGAUAAUUUGUUUGCCACUCUCAAGAAGAGGUGCAAGUUAGUGCCAGUUCUUGCUGAAGUUGAUCGGAUCUUGAGGCCAGAAGGAAUUCUAAUUGUUAGGGAUGAUAUGGAAAUUAUAUCUGAGAUUGAGAGUAUGGCUAAAUCUCUGCAAUGGGAGGUCAGAUUCACACACUCAGAGGACAACACGGGGUUGCUUUGUGUUCAGAAGACAUUUUGGCGCCCUGUCAAUGUGGAAACAAUUGCUUCAGCCAUUGCUUAAGCAAAUGAUUCACUUAUGUUGUUCUCAGAAGUUGGCUCAUGUUGCUGGGAUUAGUUUAUAAGCAGAUUUACCAACAUCAUACAUUGAACUUGGAUCAAAUGAGAGGCAAACUAGCUGAUUUGAAGACUCAGGCACACACAAGAGUUCCAUUAGUAUUCCAUCAAGCUGUUGCUGCUCCAUUUGAUUGCUCAAGUUCGAGUUUUGGGUAUGUAAUGUAAUAAUUUCUCACCAAAUGGGACUUCCAUUUCACCAGAUGGAGCUCAUUUUGCAUGUAAAAUACGUCUUGUUAGAUUUUUGUAAAUGUCCUUUUUUGUGUUUAUUCAGCACCUAUUCAACAUAGACAACUUUCAUAAAUUCAACCUUAUUUAUACAAAGUAACAGAUUGAGUAGAUAAAUCUAAAGGUCAUGCUGCAAAA